CUUCGCAGGCGGUUGCAUAAAAGGGCUGCGGGAAAGUCUUGUAGAGCUAAAGAGGUCUAGACGUGGCCCUGGACAAAAUUAUCUCUUGGGCAAAGUGGGCUGAAGGAACAGUCCUAUGAAUUUGAUUGAAAAGGCGUUUGGAGAUCCACAAGACUACCUGGACCCAUUUAGAGUUGCAUUACAGGGCAGAGGAAGGAUGGAGACCCAACCUUCAGGAAGUGAAUUAACUGGAAAAGGCCCUCCUGCUGUUUAGCCUGGGAGCUGUGGGGAGUUCUGGGCAAGAACUGGGCAGAAGAUCCUGGGGGAGGAAACCAUCCGUUCAGUAGGACAGUCCUGGAACUUCAGGAGCGUCCAAUAUCAGGUGACUGAGGGUCCCCGAGGACUUUGCAGCCAACUCCACUACUUUUGCAGUCGAUGGUUGAGACCGGACAAGCACACAAAAGCACAGAUGCUGGACCUGGUUGUUCUGGAGCAGUUCCUGGCCCUUCUGCCCCUGCAGAUGGAGAGCUGGGUGCGUGAGUGUGGGGCAGAGACCAGCUCCCAGGCGGUGGCCCUGGUGGAAGGCUUCCUCCUGAGCCAGGCAGAGGAGCAGAAGGAGCAGUCCUUUGCUGUGGAUAUCGGUGAUGCUGAGGGAAGGAGGAAUCGAUCAAAUCCCCCUCAGGAGCUGUUUUUCAGGAGUUUCUCUCAGGAAGAUCCAAAUCAGGACACCUCAGGAGGUAAUAUUGGGCAGGAGAAUAAAGAUUCCAGUGAACUAUCCCAAAUAGUUCACUGGCAUGGAGAUGAAACGGAGAAGCCCGCAAUUCAAAUGGAACUAGGAAGGCAUGAGAGAAGCCAGUCAAAUCAUUGGAAUACGGAAAGCUGAUCUGCCAUUCAUGCUCAGAUGCAAGUCAUCUUGCCCAUCAAGGAAAACUAAAGAAAAAGUAUAUUGGGAAAAGUGUAGAACUAUUCAAAGACAAACUACAUGUCAAUGAACACUAUCCAACCCAAACCAAAGGAGAUUAUAUAUGCUGAGAGAAUGGUAAACAUUACAAUUGGACUUUUACUCUUCCUAAAGAAAAUGGGUCCCUUAUAUCUUAUAAAAGGAUCCACACAGGGGAGAAGCCAUAUAAAUGCAUGGAGUGUGGAAAGAACUUUUGUAAAAACGGGUCUCUUACGAUUCAUAAAAGGAUCCACACGGGGAGAAGCAAUUUAAAGGCAUGGACUGUGGAAGGGGCUUCAGCCAGCGCAGUCAUCUUAUUUCACCUAAAAGGAUCCACACAGGGGAGAAGCCAUAUAAAUGCAGUGAGUGUAGAGCUUCAGUCACAGUGUUUCCCUUACUUACCAUAACAGGAUCCACACAGGGGAGAAGCCAUGUAAGUGCAUGAAGUGUGGAAAAAGUUUCUGUGACAAUACGCCCCUGAUUUGACAUAAAAGGAUCCACACAGGGGAGAAGCCGUAUAAAUGUAUGGUGAGUGGAAAGGGCUUCAGCCAACACAGUAAUCUUACUUCCUAUAAAAGGAUCCAUGCAGGAAAGAGCUUCAGGAGGAGGAGUGACCUAAUUUUCCAUACCCAGUUCCAUUUGGGUGAGAAUCCAUGUAAAUUCUAGAUUUAGUUGGUUAAAUCUAUGUGAUUCCUAUUUAUGUAUACUGACUAGGAAAGCAAGUGUUUUCCUCACAACUGGCAGCCCCAGAGAGAUGAAUUUACCCAUGAAAAUAAAAGCAGUGUGCACAUGCUUUUUCAAUCAUGAACUGUGGUUUUUGAAGGUACUGUCAUUUGAAGAUGGUGAAUGCUAUUGCCCCUCAAUAAGAGGAAUUUUUUUCCCUUAAGUUUACAUUUAUUCCAGAUGCAGUUGGGGGACAAACCCAAGCAAAUAGCCAUUUUUGGCAUCUCAGAUUCUGGGGUAUGCAAUUUUUUGAAGAUGUUGUCUUGUUGGAAAGAAAUCUAACCUGAGUCCGUCCUGAGCUGGGAAUGAAGAAACGCAGGCAGUUGUUUGAACAGAGGUUGUUGCUUUAUUGUCCAAGAGCGAGAGAUACAGAGAAAUCAGCUGUCGCAGGUGGCCGCACUUGUAUUCCCCCACCAACUCCUUAUAUAGGGUCACAGGUCUUUUGUUAGUAAAAAGGAGUGCCAAAGAGGAGUUUUUGUCUUUGUCUUAGCCAGGAUCUCACUUACUCAGUUUCCUUUUGAGACUUCUGAAUGAGUGUAAUUGAUCAAACAGAGGCAUUCCUGUGGUGGCGCCCCCUGUUGUUUUGCAGUUUUCUUGCUCUUUGGACAAUUAGGCUCUCUGCAAGGCCGUGGGUUUUGCCCAUUGGGUUUAGAUCGUUAUUCUAAGGGGAAGCUCCUUUUCCUUUACUUAUGCUAAGGUGUUACCUCUCUGCCUUUGUUCUCUCCAUUUCCUGUCCUGAUCGACUUAUGGGGAAAUUUGAUUAACAGGAGGUUUCUUUAUGGGCAUAUGUUGGUAUUAUCUU